UUGCACAACCCAACUGAUGAUACAAACUAUGGUUGACUUUCAAUUUGUACGACAACCUAACUGUGGUUCAGAGGUGAGACAAAUCGGCACAUCCAAACUUACAGAAAACUUGCUGCAAAUUCAGUCUUAGAGUUCCAUUACAAGUUUACAACUGCUCCUUCCUUUCCUCUUUGUAGUUGUUAGAAACUCCUAAGUGCGCCAUGAAUGACCCGUGCUCGUUGUGCAACCUUGUCUUCCAAUGCUGGGCUUGCAUUGGAGGGCCUGACCGUUCAACCUAUGUCUGUAACUUGGAACAAAAUCGCACAUCUCUGAGUGAUCGGUUGGAGAAAUUGAAAGCUUUACGAAAUGAUGUGGAGAGAAAAGUGGACAAAGCAGAGAGGAGCGGAAUGACACGAACAGAUCAAGUGGAUCACUGGCUACAACGUGUACAAGAAAAAGAAGGGGAAGCCCAGAAAAUCCUUGAUCAGUGUUCUCAACGGAUUGCUAAGGAUUGUCACUGUCUUGGAGAUUACUGUCCCAAAAACUGCUGCACUAGCUAUAAGCUCGGUAAGCAAGUGGCUUUAUUGCUUCCAAAUGUGGGGGAAUUAAUCAACGAAGGCAACGAUUUCAAAUCCAGUGAAGUGGCUUAUAGGCGGAUGACACAACCUGGAGAAGAAGUUCCUCUACCAGCAACAAUUAAAGGCAUGGAUUUAAUGUUGGAGAAGGUGCGUAGUUGCAUCAGAGAAAAUCAAGCUGCUGGAACUAUUGGGCUAUACGGUACAGGGGGAGUUGGGAAGACAACCCUUCUAAAAAAAAUCAACAACGAGUUUCUCGUCAAAACAGCAGACAACAGUGAUUUUGAUGCUGUGAUCUGGGCUGUUGUGUCCAAGGAAUUAAACACAGCACAGAUUCGGAAGCAAAUUGGCGAUCAAUUGGGGAUUACACGAAAAGAAGAUGCAAACCAGGUUGCAGAGGCUACCGACAUUUUCAGGUUGUUGAACCGUCAAAAAAAGUUUUUGCUCCUCUUGGAUGACGUAUGGGAACGAGUUGAUCUAGAGGAAAUUGGAAUUCCUCACCCCAGUACUGUCACUGAAUCAAACAACAAGUCAAAGGUGAUAUUCACAACUAGAUCUGAAAAGGUGUGUGGAGAAAUGGAGGCUAAAAAAAUUUUCAAAGUUGAAUGCUUGCGGGAUGAUGAAGCAUGGAACCUAUUUGAAGAGAAGGUAGGAGAGGACACCCUGAAUUGUGAUCCAGACAUACGUCAGCUACACGCUAUCACAGUGUUGCAGAAAUCUCCAGCAAAGUUUUCAGGUAUGGAAGAGAAAGUGUUUUCUAGGUUGAAGUAUAGCUAUGAUGCCUUGGCAGAUGAUAAAGUUAAAUCUUGUUUCUUAUAUUGUUCCCUCUUUCCCGAAGAUUAUGAUAUUGAAAUCGAAGGUCUCAUAAAAUAUUGGAUUGGGGAAGGAUUCAUAAAAGGAAAUGAGGAAAUGAGGGAAGCAAUGAAUGAAGGAUAUGAUAUCAUUGAAACUCUAAAACGAGCCUGCUUGUUAGAGCCAGGUGGGAAUGAUAAUUAUAUAGAUAUCAGGAAAUAUGUAAAGAUGCAUGAUGUGAUCCGGGACAUGGCAUUAUGGAUUGUGAAUGACUAUGGAAGGAAUGAUAAGAAGCAGCAUUUGGUGGUAAGGUAUGAAGAGUUGAUGGAUAAGCUUAUCUUCAAAAGGCAGGGCGCCAACAGGAUAUUUAUGCUACCUCCACGUCCUCCUUAUAAUAAUAGUGAGCGUGAUGCAGAGCAGCAGCAAAUUCAAGAUGAGGUGGUCGUCCCUCCUGAUGAAGACUAUCCCAACCUUAUUCCAAUUGCAACCUUCUUAGUAGCAUUUGGUCCAAGGGAGGAAUUCCCUACUAGCUUGUUCCGAUCUACCAAGUCUCUUAGAGUUUUGGAUUUAUCUGGUGUUUCAUUUGGAAAAGUAGAGUUCCCAACUGAGAUUGUUGAAUUGGCUGAAUUGGAAUACCUCAAUCUCUCAUUUACGAAUAUAAAGGAAUUGCCAUACGAGUUGGGAAACUUGAGGAAAUUGAGGUACUUGAAUUUGUAUCGAACAAGAGAUCUUCAUGUGGUUUCAGUUGAGGGGAUCCUAAAGCUGUUGGAUCUACAGUAUUUGAACCUAUUUCAUUCUAAAUUUCGGGAUUGGGAAAUGGAAGGUAGGUCAAGAUUGAUGGAAGUAUUUGAAGCCUUAAAACACUUGACUGAUUUCGGAGUCACAAUUAGCAGUGACACAUGUCUCCAAAGUUGGUCAAAUUCCUACAAGUUGCAGAAGUACACAACAGGUCUAUGUCUUGAGAAUUACAAGGCCAACUCUUUCCGCAUAACUACUACUACUCUUGAAGAUAUGUUUCUAGAAAAACUCGAGUUUUACAAAUGCGAAAAGUUGAGAGAUAUUAGUUGGAGAAUGGAGACAAAGAAGUGGUCAGCCUUGAGGCCAGAGAGAUUAUUACUCCAUAUCGUUCAUCUUCCCAAGUUAGAGAUAAUAGAGUUGCCGCACAUGUGCUUACAGAACAUACAAUAUAUUUAUAUUAAUAAUUGUAUGGUGUUGGAGGAACUAACCUGGCUUCGUCAUACUCACAAGCUGGAAGAGCUUCGGCUACUGAAUCUGCCAAGACUAAAAAGGAUAAUAAAUGUAGAAGAAAUGUUGAUACCAUUCUCAAAUCUUAAGUCUAUAUGGCUUUACCAUCUACCGGCAUUAGAAGACAUCUACCCCGGUGCCUUGCCUCUUCCGUGCCUAAAGGAAAUUCGCUUAAAAGAAUGUCCAAAGCUGAAGAAGCUCCCAUUUGACUCCAACACUGCUAAGAACGACACUUUGAUGAGGAUUGAAGGAAGCAAGGAAUGGUGGGAG